CGUUUGGCCCUCUGAACUCAAGACAAUCCACAGUGAAGAUGGCGGAGGUUGAUUUUGGUGACAGCGAGCUCUUUCAGCAACUGGAUGACAGUAUGCCUGUCUCCUCUCACAUUCGGUUUACUGAUCAGGAAACGGAUCAGGAGGACACUCCUAAAUUUAAGGAGAAGCUGGGGGGGUGUGAGGAGACGAACCAGAGGCUGAUAGAAGAGAAUCAGGAUCUGAAAAGGAAGUUGCGCACCCUGACAAGGCCAAGCGGGCUCCUUGUUGACAACAUUAAAACAGAUGGGCCGCUUCUUCAGAUCCUUUUUGCAAAUAACAGCAUCUCAAAGCAAUGCCGUCAAGAAGUUGAAGACUGCGUAUGCAGUGUCAUUCAGAAACAUCAGCAACAAGCAAUUGAGAAAAGUUCAUCCUACAAUGUAUCCCCUCAGGCUUCAAGUUUUGUUAUGGAAGAAGAUCACACGUUCAAAACCCCCUGCAGCAUCAAAACAGUCACUGAGGCCUUCAGUAUGGUGGGAAGUGUCCUGUAUUUCACCACGUUCUGUCUAGACAAACUUGGACAGCCGUUGCUGAAUGAAAAUCCUCAGCAGACGGAUGGAUGGAUUGUCCCAACAUAUCAGCAGGUGUUCAACCAGGUCAUUGCCGUAGAUGGCCAGGAGGUCCAGAUUAAAGAGAGAAGGUCUAAACCAUCCUGUUUCAACUGUGGGUUAACCGACCAUCAACUGCGAGACUGUCCAAUGCCAAAGGACAUGACUCGUAUCAAUGAGAAAAGGAAGGAGUUUUCUCAAGGCAACAACCAGAUAUCAGGCAACCAGCGCUACCAUGCAGAGGAGGUGGAAGAGAGAUUUGCCAAAUACAAACCUGGCAUCCUGAGUGAGGAUCUGUUGAAUGCCUUGGGAGUCAAUAUGAACACUCUCCCCCCGUUCAUCUACCGGAUGAGACAGCUAGGCUACCCUCCUGGCUGGCUCAAGGAAGCAGAAACUGAGACCUCAGGUCUCACGCUAUACGACGGCAACGUGUCGAGUGACGGUGAUCUAACAGAGGAAAACGAUGGACACAGAAUCUCCUAUGACGUGUCCAAGCUAGUAGAUUUCCCAGGCUUCAAUGUAUCUACAUCACCCACCGUGAAAGAUGAUUACAGGCUAUAUGGCUCAGUUCCAAUGCAGCCUAACCACUUGAAGGAAAACUAUGCUGCCUAUCUGUCCAGCAGUUUUCCAACGACGGACUCCAACUGCAACAAGAGACGACAUGAGUUUGAAUCGACGCCUCGGCAGACAAAGAAGAGACGAUCUAACUCCGACAGUCACGGUUCAGACAUGGAUGUUGAUUCAGAUUACAGUUCCCCCCGACACCACCGGAGCUCAGACGGUUUCCAGUUUCAGCCUCCGCUUCCUCCCGGCUCACCCUCCUUCGGCUCACCCCCUCCUUUGCCCCAGAGCACCCCCCCUGCGACUCCCACUCCACCCCCUCUCCCCAAAGGUACCCCUCCCCUUACCCCCACCAACGGCUCCCCAGCUUUACGUGGACGGGCCUGGGGAAGUGGUGAGGAGGCCGGGGCCGGGGCUGGGGCUGGGGAGGAGGAUGCUUUGACCCUGGAGGAGCUGGAGGAGCAGCAGAGGCUGAUCUGGGCGGCAUUGGAAAACGCAGACACAGCCACCAACAGCGACUCGGAAACGCCUGCCUCUGGAACGCCUGCCUCUGGAACGCCUGCCUCUGGAACGCCUGCCUCUGGAACGCCUGUCCCCAGCUCUCCCAGCAUCUCCACCCCCGUCCAUGUUGACACGGAAACAGAAAUGGAGGAAGGUGAUACUGAAGAGGAGCAGGGCGCGGUUGAGCUGCCCGGUGGGAGCCAAGAGGAUGAGGAUGGUGACGGUGCCACAGUGCUCGCAGUUAAACCCAGUGAGCUGCUCAUGGCACAGGACAGUCCACAGAUCCCUGAACAAAUGAGAGUUCUAGAAGACAGUCCUGAAAGCCCUGCUCCAAAACAGGCCCAAGAGGAGAGUCCUGAAAGCCCUGCUCCAAAACAGGCCCAAGAGGAGAGUCCUGAGAGCCUUGUUCCAAUGCAGGCCCAGGAGGAGAGUCCCGAAAGCCCUGUUCCAAUGCAGGCCCAGGAGGAGAGCCCUCUCAGCCCUCCUUCUAUCAAGGUCCAAAUCCGGUCUCUGAGUCCUGAGUCAUGCCAGGGGGCAGUGGAAAGUGAACUUUCAGAGUCCACAGGGAAGGUGUCAGCGGUGCCCCAUCGGAGUAAGUUUGCAGAGGGCAUCAUUCCAUUUGAGGACACUCCAGAAUACACAGAGGUUGCCGAGGCGACUGGGACCUACCUACGAAUCAAAGACUUGCUGAAAGGUUCCCCCCGAAAUCAGUCAAAAAACAAGAAGUAAGAUGAGGCAUCUAUGAAUUAUUAAAUUCCAGGGACACUUCGUUAUUUUUUUGUCGGUCUGUGGAGCUAUAUUUUUUUAUGGAGAUGUAACAGAAGUUGGCAUUGGAACAGUUUGAUGGCAUUCAAACGUAUUUUAAUUAUUUUUCUUUGUAAUUGGCUACAUGUCUUUUUUGUGCAUUGCUCCUGUCAAUUCAGGUUCAACAUGACUUUCAUGUUCUUCAAACCACUUUUGUAGCAAUGGUAACAGCCAUGUUGCCCUUUGGGUUUUUAUAACGUGUUUUAUGUACUGACAUGUUUUUAUCACCAAUUGCAAAUAUAUUUGUAACAAUAUUUAACUUGCGCCCUGAAAUCUCUGCACACAUGGCUAUCAUUGGCAACUUUUAUCUGUGGACGUUAUUUUGACUGGUCACCAUUCUUUUUUAACUGGGUAAAACGGAUCUUGUUUAAUCAUGUAGCGAUCUCAUUUAAGAAUCGGAAUAUUCGUUCAAAUGUUCAAGUUGUCAAAUGUUAUUUUUGGUUACAAGAUUUCAGUGUUCGUAGAAUGACUCAAGGGGGCAGCAACGUAUUGAAACUCACGCUGUCUAUCAGGAAUACGGCUCGGUCUCAUAAGAUCAACAACAUGCUAUGUUCCUCAAAAUACAAACGCAUUGAAAUGACAAAGUAAUCUAGGGAAGGGCUGAUAAUUGAUGGCCUAAAUUUGUUUGUUACGUUUGUUAUCAGUCAGUGUUUUAGAGUGGCACGGUCGCAAGAAAGUCCCGGGUUCGAUUCCCGCUUUUGACUGUUGGUAUUGAGGGUGGGCCUUUUAUAAAAACCAAUGCAAAGACACAUUUCUUCAGUGGCCCUAACGUGUGUGUGUGUGUGUCCACAUUGUGACAUUAAUAAAGGAUUAUUCGAUCUUUGUAGGAGAAUA